UUGGAAGUGAAGUGGCGGCACCGAGCAGGAGUAUGCAGCGCUUGGAGUGCGUCGUGCAACAGUAUGCAUGGGGAAAGAAGGGAACAUGCAGUAUCGUUGCCAAUCUCAAGGCGGCGUCGGACAAGACGUACGCUAUCAAGGACAAUGAACCGUACGCUGAACUGUGGAUGGGGACACACCCGAAUGGCCCUUCGUCCAUUGCAGACACAUCUCAACUUCUUUCAGAGUGGAUCAAGGAGAAUCCAUGGGCUCUUGGCAACACCACCGACAUUCCGUACCUAUUCAAGGUCCUCUCCGUGAAUCAAGCCCUGUCGAUCCAGGCACACCCCGACAAAUCUGCUGCGAAGCGAUUGCACAAGGAUUUUCCCCAUAUUUACAAAGAUGCCAACCACAAACCCGAAAUGGCGAUUGCCCUUACCCACUUUGAAGCCUUGUGCCAAUUUCGUCCCAUGGCUCAGAUCGUUAACAAUAUCACACACGUCGAGGAGUUCCGCCUCCUCGUGGACCCAUCCGUGGCGACUGCUGUCGUCGAAUUUCAGGACCUUCCAUCCCUCCGUGCCUUUUUCCGCGCGAUGAUUUAUUGCGAUCCCACCAAAGCUACGGCUGCCCUCGCGAGUCUUCGUACCCGACUGGAGUCCCUGCGCGAAAGCCUCUCACCUCUCGACGCUCUCGUCCUACGGUUGAACGAACAGUACCCCAACGACAUUGGCGCGUUCUCGCCCUAUCUGUUGAAUUAUGUGGUGCUUGAGCCUGGUGACGCGGUGUUCCUUGGCGCGAACGAACCCCAUGCGUAUCUCUCCGGCGAGUGCGUCGAGUGCAUGGCUGGGUCGGACAAUGUCGUGCGUGCAGGCCUCACGCCCAAGUUCAUCGACAAGGCGACGCUCGUCGAUAUGCUCACGUACAACGUUGGUUCCCCGCCCGUGCAGUGUGGCAAGACUGUCGACGAGUUCUUGACCCGAUACACCUCGCCCGUCCCCGAGUUUCAGGUCGAGCGAAUCACGUUGCCAUCAUCCAAGACGUACAACUUGGAGGCCACUGCAGGACCGUCUAUUCUCCUUGUGUUGAACGGCCAAGGUGUCGCCAGUGUGCAAGGUGGAGCUGAACUCGACGUGGGCACCGGGCAGGUAUUUUUUGUUCCGGCAGGCUAUAGCGUCACACUCACAAGCAGAUCGGACGGACUCGUCGUCUAUCGGUCGUCGCCGAACGAGAACGCACAGAAAUAGUACAUGAUAUCAACACGUCGUCCUUUUUCUGCGGCA